AUGGUUUUGAAAUUCUUUCUGAUGUUUCUGGCAGCUUUGGCUGUGAAUGUUGCUACUUUUGCCAGAAUCACUCUCUUCUACUUGAACUCUGAAUAUCGGAAUGACAAAGAAAAGUGGGUGAUGGUGCGGAAGAACAUGAGAUUGUUUGUCCAAACAAUCCUCCAAGAUGCACUGUUUUUCGUUGAUAAUCUUUUCACCUACCAAAUGGGACAACUCAGCAAUCACAGAUUUUGGUUUUUCAUCUGUGCUACGUUCAUCUGGCAAUCUAUUCAUACCAUGGAUGGAUUCAUUAUGAUAAUGUUCAAUGACAGAAUGCAUAUUCUGAAAAAGUUCAUGUUUGGAACAAGUGAAGUAACCAGCAGUGGUUAG